GGCGUCUUUACUUAUCUUCUUCUUCUUCUUCUAUACAAUAUCAUCGUUAUUAUUACCUUCCAGAUUCAGUUUUUUUUUGAGGAGACAGGUCAAAAUUUGAGGUUCUUUAUUUCUUUGGUUGGGUUUUGAUUUUGAGUUUCUUUAUGUGAAAUAUUCCUCUGUUUUUUUCGGAGGAUUUUUUUUUUUGUGUCUGUGUUUGUUGUGAUGCGUUGUAAUUGCUUUGGAAUUCUUGAUAAGUGCAAACGAAGUGACCGUCUUGGACACAGAGAAGCUGAAGAGAUUUGCACCGACAAUGUGAGGGUCUUUUCUUAUAAUUCGUUAAGAUCAGCCACAGAUGGUUUUCAUCCAACCAACAGAAUCGGAGGUGGUGGCUAUGGAGUUGUCUUCAAGGGAGUUUUGAGAGAUGGCACACAAGUAGCUGUGAAAUCAUUAUCAGCAGAAUCUAAACAAGGGACACGCGAGUUCUUGACCGAGAUUAACUUGAUUUCCAACAUUCAUCAUCCUAACCUUGUUAACCUCAUUGGCUGCUGCAUUGAAGGGAACAAUCGGAUUCUUGUCUAUGAGUAUCUUGAGAACAACAGUCUUGCUAGUGCUUUGCUUGGUUCAAGGAGUAAAUAUGUAGCGCUUGAUUGGUCUAAACGAGCUGCCAUUUGCGUUGGGACGGCUUCAGGUUUAGCUUACCUUCACGAGGAAGUCGAACCUCAGGUUGUUCACCGUGACAUCAAGGCCAGUAAUAUCUUACUAGACGGAAACUUUUCUCCCAAGAUUGGAGAUUUUGGGUUGGCUAAGCUUUUUCCAGACAAUGUCACUCAUGUCAGUACCCGAGUCGCUGGAACAGUAGGAUACUUGGCCCCAGAAUAUGCACUUCUUGGUCAACUGACGAAAAAAGCAGACGUUUAUAGCUUCGGGAUACUUGUCCUGGAGGUCAUAAGUGGUAGUAGUAGCAGCAGAGCCGCCUUUGGAGAGGAGUACAUGAUUCUCAUUGAAUGGGUGUGGAAGCUGAGAGAAGAAGGGAGGCUACUAGAGUGUGUGGAUCCGAAUCUAACCAAGUUCCCAGGAGAUGAAGUGACCCGGUUCAUCAAAGUGGCUCUUUUCUGCACUCAAGCCACUGCGCAGAAGAGACCAAACAUGAAGCAAGUGUUGGAGAUGCUUUGCAGGAAAGAGCUUCACCUCAACGAGGAUGCCUUAACGGAGCCUGGUGUCUACAGAGGUGUCAACAAGGGACGCAACCACCGUGGCAUCGGUCUUGUAGGCGGCAGUUCACAGGAGAGCUCGUCAACGCAACGACACAAAGGGAAAAGCUCAGCCAAUCCUCAAGGGUCGACGUCUACGUCUAAUAUUUCUUUUCAGAGCAUCACAGAGAUGGCUCCUAGAUGAUUUUUUUCUGUUAAUAGAGGUCAAUUAUAUUCUUGAGGAUACUAAUUAGUUUCUUAUGUAUUAACAUCUUUCUAUAUAUGUAUAGUAAAUCAAAUGUCAUGAGACAAAAUGUUAAUAGCUCAGUAUAAUAAUAUGAUGAUAUCAUCGUCUUAGUCA